AUGAAAAUCAAUAGCGCUAGUAUUCUUUGUUUUCCAAUUGGUUGUUGGUUUUUAGCAUAUUUUUAUUUAGCUAAUGGACAAAAAAAUAAUCUUCCCUCUGCUCGAGAAUUUUUGGUGAAUACCGAAAAUAUCCCAAACGUCACAUAUCAUGGAAAGCUUGUCAAUUAUGCAGGAGUUUUGCCUGUGUCUGAGAGCUCUAAUUCGAAAGAUAAAUUGUUUUUCUGGUACUUUGAGGCAGAAAAAAGAUCAAACAAAUUGAUCUUUUGGUUUGAAGGAG